CUCCCGGAACCCGACCGCCCGCUCUCCCUGCGCCUCUAAGCUGAGCGGCCUCGGCAGCAGCCGGACUGUCGGGCGCAGCGGAACGGACAGACUAGCCGACCGUCCCUGCUUCCCGGAGGAGCCCCUGCCCGAGGCGGUGCGGCCGCAGCCGACGGUCCGGGAGCUCUAGGGACCGCGCCGCGUUCGCGGGCGACCCACGCCCCGUCCCGCCGGCCCCAAGCCAGGCCCGCCGCGCACCGUCGGGGCGGCCCCGACCCGGGCCCCGCUGGGAGCGGAUGCGCGCGCGGUGAGGCCGCCGCGUCCCGCCAUGGCCGCGCGCCCCGGGCCGCUCUGGCUGCUGGGCCUGGCGCUGUGCGCGCUGAGCGGCGGCGGCGUCCCCGGCCCGCGCCCCCCGCUCGGCUGCCCGCAUCGCCGCCUGGGCCCGCGCGAGCGCCGCGACCUGCAGCGCGAGAUCCUGGCGGUGCUCGGGCUGCCCGGCCGGCCCCGGCCCCGCGCGCCCCCCGCCGCCCUGCUGCCGGCGUCCGCGCCGCUCUUCAUGCUCGACCUGUACCGCGCCGUGGCCAGCGACGACGACGAGGACGGCGGGGCCCACGAGCGGCGCCUGGGCCGCGCAGACCUGGUCAUGAGCUUCGUCAACAUGGUGGAGCGCGACCCCGCCCUGGGCCACCAGGAGCCCCACUGGAAGGAGUUCCGCUUUGACCUGACUCAGAUCCCGGCCGGGGAAGCCGUCACGGCCGCGGAGUUCCGGAUUUACAAGCUGCCCAGCACCCACCCGCUCAACCAGACGCUCCACAUCAGCAUGUUCGAGGUGGUCCCGGAGCAGUCCAACAGGGAGUCUGACUUGUUCUUUUUGGAUCUUCAGACGCUCCGAUCUGGGGACGAGGGCUGGCUGGUGUUGGACGUGACAGCAGCCAGUGACCGCUGGCUCUUGAACCGUAACAAGGACCUGGGACUCCGCCUCUAUGUGGAAACAGAUGAUGGGCGCAGCGUGGAUCCUGGCCUGGCCGGUCUGCUGGGGCGACAAGCUCCGCGCUCCAAACAGCCUUUCGUGGUCACCUUUUUCAGGGCGAGCCCCGGCCCGGGCCCCGCCCGAGCCCCUCGAGCGGCGAGGCCGCUGAAGAAGAGGCCGCCGAAAAGAACCAACGAGCUGCCGCCCCCGAACAAACUGCCGGGGAUCUUCGACGACGUCCACGGCUCCCACGGCCGGCAGGUGUGCCGUCGGCACGAGCUGUACGUGAGCUUCCAGGACCUGGGCUGGCUGGACUGGGUCAUCGCCCCCCAAGGCUACUCAGCCUAUUACUGUGAAGGGGAGUGCUCCUUCCCGCUGGACUCCUGCAUGAACGCCACCAACCACGCCAUCCUGCAGUCCCUGGUGCACCUGAUGAAGCCGGACGCGGUCCCCAAGGCGUGCUGCGCGCCCACCAAGCUGAGCGCCACCUCCGUGCUCUACUACGACAGCAGCAACAACGUCAUCCUGCGCAAGCACCGCAACAUGGUGGUCCGCGCCUGCGGCUGCCACUGAGGCCCCGCCCCCGCCGGCCGGCCCUCCGCGGUCGCGGGGGCCAGGAGUCCCCCCAGCGCCGUCACAGCUCAGGCAGGGUGGCAGUGAGGGCCCCCCUCUCCUGCCCACAUCCUCCAAUGGGCUGGUCCUUCCCAGGCCCUCUGCCCCAUCGCGUGCCUGAUGUCCUGGUGGAACUCUGCAUGGUGGUCUCAGUCAUCCAGCAGGGUUCUACCCCAGCUCCCUCCCCAGAGGCUCAGGCUGACUUAUCUUUGGGGUUGACAGAGAGUCCUCUCUGAGGACCCACUCUUGUCCAUUGCUGGCCCAGCUGCGGGCGGAUGUGGGGUGAACUGAGGCACCUGGAGUCCAGGAUGGCCACCUCAGGCCCUUCACCACCCAGGACUGGGUUUGGGGAUGUGCAGACAGGUCCUGGUCCAUCUCCAGUUGCCUGACCCUCCCGGGUGCAAAACCGGGCAUUUCUGGGCACUCAGAACGUGGAGUCAUCUUCAGUUUUCUAUAUUUGUGCAUCUGAAUGACCAGACUGUUGGCCACAAGGAGGCAUGUGGGUCACCUCCAGAAAGAGCUGAAUGAAUAGCAUGAUUUAGGGCCAAGGCCAGUGUCAAUUACCUUCCCUGUCCUCCUGCCUUGAUCUGUCUCUGCUGUCUGGGGAAGAUGUGCCUUGCAUGGACACUUUGGUGAAACAAAAAAUCUUGGGGGCUUUAUUGACCCCAUCUGUCAGUCACUGUGUUGAACAAUCAGGAGUUCAGCUCUGUGAAAAAGUUACCUUUUCACUGGGCCCAGUAUGGUGGAUACAUUGGGUGGCCCAGGAUGAUAAUGCCCAGCAAGGGUGACAAAGUUUCUCUUAACUUUCUGCAUGGCAGUCAUCAAUUAUCAACCUUGAUAUUUUUUCAUUCAGCUCUGGAGAGAAUUUCAAAGUGAUCAGCGCCAAACUCAGGUGGCCACCACCAACUGAUUAGAGUUGUUUGUAGAGUGAAAACUGCCUGCCUUCUCCUGCUAAGGAGCAAUUCACUGCACCCAGGGACACUGGGUGGCCUGUGGCCAGGCAUGGGGCAAGGGCAGGGCUGGCCAGCACCUGCCUGUGUCCAGAAGUUGUCAAAAACAGACUGGUCACCCAAGUCUGCGUCACCCUGUGUGCCCCAGAGUCCCAUCCUGUUUCUUGGGGUCUGUGAGCCAAAGAAAAGGCGUGCAUCCCAGGGGAGUGACAGGUGGCAAUUAGGCCGAGUUGGGUGGGGAGGUUCCCGGAAACCACUGUUCUCCUUGGAGCAGCCACCGGCAGCUGGAGUGUUUAUUUGAUUUCUGACUUGGUAAGCCUGUAAUUUUACCUGGUGUAGCAGACAGAACCCAGCUGUCCAAACCCCAAAAUAUCAUUAAAAACAGAUCCUGGGCCCGCCCCAACCCAGGGGCACAGCCCAGGAUGACACCCCGGGAGUUCACUCUAUGCCGAGGGGCUCCGGGAGCGCAGCAGGGGUGGAGGAGGGGGCUGGGCUGUGGGACAGCAGCCCCUCCGCUUGGACCUGGGAAGGGCUCUGGGAGCCAGUGCACCGGAAGAGACCCCUCCACGGACACAGGAAAGCAGUGAGCUCCGCAACAGUGUAGGGAUCUAGGCUCUGGCCUACAUGUUAGGGAUGUGCCUUUUGACUUCCUCCUCUAGGCCUCAUUUCCCAUCUGUAAUACAAAGCUUUUUGAUCUGCAAAGGACCUUCAGCCUGGGAAACUGUGUCUGCCAAGCUUGUCUCACACUGAGCCCAGAGGCAACCUGGAGACCCUGAACGUGGAGCUCAGGUGGCCAUCAUGAAUCAGAGCUGGCAUAUAAGGUGGAACCUAUUUUUAUUCUAGUGCUUACCUAAGAGUUUUCUCGUCCCAACAGCAAAGAUAGUCUCCUGUGCAUGUGCUUAGUCGUUCAGUCAUGUUCGGCUCUUGUGACCCUACGGACUGUAGCCCGUCAGGUCCUCUGUCCAUGAGAUUCUCCCAGGCAGUACUGGAAUGGGCUUAGUUAGGGGCACACCAGGCAUGUCUGUCCGGUUACCCAAAGGUUGGCAGAUGCUGAGCACACCUCACCUCCCAACCAAGCGGUGCUUAGGGAUGGAGCUGCAGUCUUGCUUUCAUCCGGAACAACUGAAAAAGUGUUGUUGUUUAUGUACCUGGUAGUCAGACUUCAGCAACUUUUGCCAUCCGGUCACUAAGUGAAAUCAAAUAGGAAAAACCCUGAGUGGUGCCACAGUAGUAAAUGAACACAAGGCCCAUGUAUUUUAUCCCGAGAGUUAUCUUUGCUCAGCCAAGCGGUGCAGUGGCAAGAGAGAUGCCACCAUUUCCCUUUCUCUUGCUCAGGGCCUGGCUUGUUUACCUGGCCAGACUAGAAAGAUAAAUAAAGGUGGUCAGUUCAGACCCACUGACAGCAAUGGGAAGUCAAUGACAGCUGAUAGGUAAGGAGGAUAUGGGGAAAAAAAGUGAAAGGAGAAACACACAAGUUUUGCUAUUUGCAGUAUAAUCCUGGCCUCAAGAGCAAGUCAUCAAGUCAGGUUCACUGUUUCAAACCAAGGUAGGCUAGUAACAUGUUCUGGAAAAUUUCCUAAGAAAUAGGAAAAGAGGCAGCAGGCAUAACAAGAGCACGGAUUUUUGAAGCCAAAUGGACUUGAAUCCUGGGUAUUCUUCCUCUGUAGAGCAGGAUAGUGGCGCUCUCCUUCCAAGCUAUUAAAAAGUCAUCUGUGUACACAAACAUUUAGUACCAUUCUGGCAUAUAAAUAUUUAACAACUGGUGAAAGUCAAUUGUGUUCAACUCUCUGCAACCCCAUGGAUGGUAGCCCACCAGGCUCCUCUGUCCAUGGAAUUCUCUAGGCCAGAAUACUGGAGUGGGUAGCCUA